AUGUGCGUCGACUACAUCUUCGACGGCCAGUUCCACGCCUGCGGCCACGGCCCAGCACCCGGCAUCUUCUUCUCCGACAUCUACCCCAUCGCGCUCGCGAAGGCGGACCCGCUCACCGGCCGCCGCUACACGCGGGCCGAGCUCAAGGCCCAGUUCGAGCGCAAGAUCCGCGCCAAGGGCCUCGACCCCGACGACGUCCUCCGCCAGUACUACGCGUGCAUCGACAAGGUCAUCGAGGAGGCCGGCAUCCAGCACGUGCCUCGCUUCGCCUACGGCCAGGCCGCCUUCGACCACCUCCAGGAGCGCGGCGUCGGCGUCGUCCGCCGCAUCAUGCACCCCGAAGGCGCGAAGAACCUCUCCCACGGCGAGGCGGCCAAGAUCAUGGAGGCCGUCGCCAACGGCGAGGAGGCCAAGAACUUCUUCGGCAUCCCGGGCCUGCCGCUGUGCGAGGAGUCGGACGCGUCGACGUCCGAGCUCUUCAGCAUCCUCUGGGACAUCGAGAUCAGCGUCAUGUUCUACGUCGACGCCUUCAACGGCCAGGCCGACGCCAUCAACGCGCUCCGCGAGCUCCAGUCCAAGGCCCAGAAGGCGUUCUGGGAGCAGCUCUCGACGGGCAAGAAGAUCCGCCGCCUCUCGACGCUCUGCGCGGUCGACGCGGACGCCUUCUUCGACGCGAUGCAGGUCGAGCUCAAGGACGACGCGGCGCUCGAGGAGCUCGACUACGCCCAGUUCCGCACCUUCCUCGGCGUCCACAUCAAGGCCGCGUGGGACGCGCUCCCGGAGAGCCAGAAGAUCCGCAGCCUCGCGACGCUCAACAAGGCCGGCGCGGACUUCGCGCGGGCCUACGGCGUCGACCUCGCGGACGACGAGGCGCUCGCGGGCAUCGGCUACGCCGCCUUCAAGUCGUUCCUGUCCCAGUUCUGCAAGGACAAGUUCGCGGCGCUCCCGGAGAGCCAGAAGAUCCGGCGCCUCGCGACGCUCCACAAGGCCGGCGCGGCCUUCUCCGACGCCUUCGGCGUCGACCUGGACGACGACGAGGCGCUCGCGGGCCUCGACUACGCCGCCUUCAAGUCGUUCCUGUCCCAGUUCUGCAAGGACAAGUUCGCGGCGCUCCCGGAGAGCCAGAAGAUCCGCAGCCUCGCGACGCUCAACAAGGCCGGCGCGGACUUCGCGCGGGCCUACGGCGUCGACCUCGCGGACGACGAGGCGCUCGCGGGCAUCGGCUACGCCGCCUUCAAGUCGUUCCUGUCCCA